AUGGUUCGCUUAGACGUAGAACAGACCAUUUCGGAGUUAACUCUUGGCGAGAAAAUCGCUUUGACAGCUGGGGUUGAUUUCUGGCAUACCGCAGCUGUUCACCGUCUGAACAUUCCAUCCCUCCGUUUGUCCGAUGGUCCGAAUGGUGUCCGAGGGACACGUUUCUUCAAUGGUAUCCCAGCUGCAUGCUUUCCCUGUGCCACUGCACUGGGUGCUAGUUGGGAUACCGAGUUGUUGAGCGAUGUUGGUCGAUUGAUGGCCGACGAAGCCAUCACCAAAGGCUGUCACGUUGUCCUGGGUCCUACUAUCAACAUCCAACGCUCUCCGCUGGGCGGACGAGGCUUCGAGUCCUUUUCCGAGGAUGGGAUAUUAUCCGGUACUUUAGCCGGCCACUACAGCAAGGGUAUGCAAGAGAAGGGUGUCGGGGCGACGCUGAAGCACUUUGUGUGUAAUGACCAGGAACAUGAGCGGUUGGCUGUCGACAGCAUCGUCACGCAGCGGGCUCUGCGGGAGAUCUAUCUGCUUCCGUUCCAGGUGGCUAUGAGGAUCUGCCGAAGUGCGUGUAUCAUGACGGCUUAUAACAAGGUGAAUGGGACGCAUGUCAGCGAGAAUAAGGAGAUUCUUGGAGAUAUCCUUCGCAAGGAGUGGGGAUGGGAUGGAUUAGUUAUGAGUGAUUGGUUUGGUACAUACAGUACCUCCGAAGCUAUUAACGCUGGCCUGGAUCUGGAGAUGCCGGGCAAGACCCGGUGGCGAGGAGAUGUGUUGGCCCAUGCUGUAUCUUCGAACAAAGUUGCUGAAUUUGUCCUGGAUGAACGUGUUCGGAACGUCCUCAACUUGAUCAACUAUCUGGAUCCGCUGGGUAUUCCCGAGGGAGCACCAGAAAACGGAUUGAAUCGAGAACAGGACCAUGCUCUGCUGCGCCGGGCUGCCGCAGAGUCUGUUGUUCUUCUGAAGAACCAGGAUAGCAUUCUUCCCCUGAAAAAGGACAAGCCAAUCCUGGUCAUUGGUCCUAACGCUAAGAUUGCAGCAUACUGUGGAGGAGGCUCUGCUUCGCUUCUCCCCUACUAUACUGUGACCCCCUUUGAAGGCGUUUCGGCCGCCAGUCAGGCUCCCGUCGAGUUCUCUCAAGGUGUCUACUCGCACAAGGACCUUCCUUUGCUGGGACCUCUGCUCAAUACCGCGGACGGCAAACCAGGCUUCUCGUUCCGAGUAUUCAAUGAACCUCCCACCGAAACCAACCGGGGAGUGGUUGACGAGCUACAUCUAGUCGCAUCAGUCGGUUUCCUUAUGGACUACGUCAACCCUAAGAUCAAGUCCAUGACCUUCUACGUCGACAUGGAGGGCUACUUCACCCCCGAAGAAGACGGUCUCUACGACUUUGGAGUUACAGUCGUCGGUACAGGAAAGCUCCUCGUCGACGACGAGGUCGUAGUCGACAAUACAAAGAACCAGCAACGCGGCUCCGCCUUCUUCGGCAACGGCACCAUCGAAGAAAAGGGUGCUAAACACCUCCAAGCCGGCCGCACAUACAAGGUCGUCCUCCAAUUCGGCACCGCCCCAACCUCCGACCUCGACAAUCGUGGCAUCGUCGCCUUCGGCCCCGGCGGCUUCCGCUUCGGUGCUGCCCGCCGCGUCAACCAGGAAGAACUAAUCGCGCACGCAGUCGAGCAAGCCUCCCGCGCAGAGCAAGUCGUUCUCUUCGCUGGCCUUACCAUGGAAUGGGAAACAGAAGGCUACGACCGCGACCACAUGGACCUGCCCCCGGGCAGCGACGAGCUCAUUACCCGCGUGCUCGCCGCAAACCCCAACACCGUCAUCGUCAACCAGAGCGGUACACCCGUGACAAUGCCCUGGGCACACAACGCCAAGGCCAUCCUCCAGGCGUGGUUCGGUGGUAACGAGUGCGGAAAUGGCAUCGCAGACGUGCUGUACGGCGACGUCAACCCCUCUGCCAAGUUACCCCUCACGUUCCCCGUGCGCCUGCAGGAUAACCCGAGUUAUGUGAACUUCCGCUCCGAGCGGGGGCGCGUGCUCUAUGGCGAGGAUGUCUAUGUGGGGUACAAAUUCUACGAGAAGAUCGAGCGAGACCCGCUCUUCAGUUUCGGAUACGGUCUCUCAUACACCACCCUCACUCGCUCAAACCUUUCCAUCAACACCAUUCCGGAAAACCCUACCCUCCCGCACCAACCCGAGGGCACGAUCACAGAACCCGUCACCGCGACCCUAACCGUCACCAACACCGGCGCAGUCGCAGGAUCUGAAAUCGCACAAUUAUGGAUUCUCCCUCCAGCAACGAACAGCGUUAACCGGCCCGUGCGCGAACUCAAGGGCUUUACUAAGGUAUUCUUGCAGGCUGGCGAGAGCAAGGAGGUGCAAAUCGUCGUGGAUAAGAAAGUAGCGACGAGUUGGUGGGAUGAGCAGCGUGGUGCUUGGGCUUCGGAGAAGGGGGUUUAUAAGAUUGAGGUUACGGGGACUGGGGAGGGGGUGUUGAAGGGGGAGUUUGAGGUUGGGAAGACGAGGUAUUGGGUUGGGUUGUAA